AUGUCUGCCUCGCGGAGCUCCUCUCCCAACUCCAUGUCAAAGUGGAGCCCGAAAGAGAACAAGAUGUUUGAACAGGCACUCGCCUACUAUGGCGAGGGCACACCCAACCGGUGGGACAAGGUAUCCAGCGCCAUGGGAGGCAUCAAGUCUGCUGAGGAGGUGCGCUGCCACUAUGAAGAUCUUGACUACGACGUCAAGAUGAUAGAGUCAGGCCACGUGCCGUACCCCCAGUACAAGACACAGGGAUUCUGGACCCGAGGUAAAGUCCAUGACACUUCGAAAGCAAACUGGAAACAAAUAACAUAA